UUGUUUUGUUUUGAUCUGCUACUCAUCGCGCUCACACUCGCUGGCGGAUUCGGCUCGGAAAGCACGUGAAAAUCAGUCGAAUUUUAAUUCAAAAGUUUACGGAACACGUAAAGUGCAAGCGGUUUCAGUGAAAAUGGUCAAGAAAAAGAUAGACAACCGUAUCCGUGUGAUGAUCGAGAACGGGGUCAAGCUGGGCCAUCGUACGAUGUUUGUUGUGGUCGGCGACAAGGGCAGGGACCAAGUGCCGAUUCUGUAUGACAUGCUCACGAAGGCAUCGGUCAAAGCACGGCCAACCGUGCUUUGGUGCUACAAAAAUAAGGACGAAGCUAUUUCCAAUCAUGGAAAGAAGCGUGCGAAGAAGAUCCAAGCCGGAAAGAUUGACAUCAACGAGUCGGAUCUGUUCGACACGUUCCGAGUAUCGACUACUAUUCACGGUAGAUACUACAAAGAUACGCAUACGAUUCUCGGAAAGACCUAUGGAGUUUGUGUUCUGCAAGAUUUCGAAGCAUUGACCCCGAAUCUGCUUGCCCGCACGAUCGAGACAGUCGAAGGAGGUGGAUUGAUCAUUCUUCUGCUCAAAACCAUCAACUCAUUGAAACAACUUUACACGAUGAGUAUGGAUGUCCACAAGCGGUAUAGAACGGAAGCCCACCAGGACGUAACGUGCCGUUUCAACGAAAGGCUGAUCCUUUCUUUGGCCGAUUGCUCCCGUUGCUUGUUGGUCAACGACGAUCUAACUGUGCUGCCACUGUCUUCCAAAACUGCGGAGGUCAAGCCUGUGGAAGUCGGCAUGAUUCGAAAAAGUGCCAACGAUGAAAUGCUCGAAGAACUUAAAGAAAGUCUCUCGGAUGCUCCUCCGGCUGGUCCUCUCGUAAAUCUUUGCAAGACUCAUGACCAGGCCAAAGCCGUGGCACAGUUCAUAGACGCUUUGGCUGAGAAGCAACUCAAACCUCCAACAUCCCUGACUGCAGGUAGAGGUCGCGGUAAAUCUGCCGCCAUGGGCUUGGCCAUAUCCGCCGCCAUCGCUUUUGGCUAUGUUAAUGUGUACGUCACAUCACCAUCGCCUGAAAAUUUAAUUACACUCUUUGAGUUCAUUAUGAAAGGAUUCGACGCUUUGGAGUACCAGGAACACACGGAUUACACCAUCAUCCGGUCUACCAAUCCGGAUUUUAACAAAGCCAUUAUCCGUAUCAACAUCACCCGAAACAACCGCCAAACAAUUCAGUACAUCUCUCCAUCUGAUGCGCACCUACUAAAUGCCGCCGAUUUGCUAAUCAUUGACGAAGCAGCCGCUAUUCCACUGCCACUGGUGAAAGCGAUGCUUGGGCCGUACCUGGUUUUCAUGGCUUCGACAAUUAAUGGGUACGAAGGAACUGGUCGUUCGCUGAGCUUGAAAUUGUUAUCGCAAAUUCAGAAGGACAACAACGCUCCUCCUCCGGUAAGUGGUCGAUUUUCUUAGAUAAGUUUGAUUGAUU